UUCAUAAGGGAAAAAGCGUGCGGGGUUCUUGACGUGCCGCGAAUCUUCGAACUCGGGUGCGCUCCUGCCCAGGCUGUGAGAAGGCGUUCCAGGGACGCGCCUGCACCCGCCGUCGCAGUUACCAGCGUGACGUGCUGGUUUCGCCCGAAACUCGGCACCCUCACAAGUCCAUACCAUGGCCCUCGUUUCUGCUGAUUCCCGCAUUGCAGAACUUCUCACAGAGCUCCAUCAGCUGAUCAAGCAAACCCAGGAAGAACGUUCAAGAAGUGAGCACAACUUAGUGAACAUCCAGAAGACCCAUGAGAGGAUGCAGACGGAGAACAAGAUUUCUCCUUAUUACCGAACAAAGCUGCGUGGCCUCUACACAACUGCCAAAGCUGAUGCUGAGGCCGAGUGCAACAUCCUCCGCAAAGCUCUGGAUAAGAUUGCUGAGAUCAAGUCUCUGUUGGAAGAGAGGAGGAUUGCGGCCAAGAUCGCCGGUCUCUACAAUGACUCGGAGCCUCCACGGAAGACCAUGCGCAGAGGGGUGCUGAUGACCCUGCUUCAGCAGUCAGCCAUGACUCUACCCCUGUGGAUUGGGAAGCCUGGUGACAAGCCUCCACCCCUCUGUGGAGCCAUUCCAGCCUCAGGGGACUAUGUUGCCAAGCCUGGAGACAAGGUGGCUGCCCGGGUGAAGGCUGUUGAUGGGGAUGAGCAGUGGAUCCUGGCUGAAGUGGUCAGUUACAGCCAUGCCACCAACAAGUACGAGGUAGAUGACAUUGAUGAAGAAGGCAAAGAGAGACACACCCUUAGCCGCCGGCGCAUUAUCCCACUCCCCCAGUGGAAGGCUAAUCCUGAGACGGACCCUGAGGCCUUGUUCCAGAAGGAACAGCUGGUACUGGCCCUGUAUCCCCAGACCACCUGCUUCUACCGGGCCCUGAUCCACACCCCCCCACAGCGGCCCCAGGAUGACUACUCAGUGCUAUUUGAAGACACCUCCUAUGCAGAUGGCUACUCCCCUCCCCUCAAUGUGGCCCAGAGGUAUGUGGUGGCUUGUAAGGAGCCCAAGAAAAAGUGAAGCUAGCUGGCAGGCUUGAAUGUGCCACUGUCGCCCUCCUUGGAGAAGGCAACAAAGGAUUUCCUGUGAUCAAAUAAAUAUUCUUUCCUCACAA